GUGUCUGGGGGGAAGGGGCGGGACCUGCUGAGGGAGGCGGAGGUGGGCAGCUCAGACCGGGAGGCAGAAGAGCUGCUGAGUUAAUCCGGAGCUGAUCUACACAGGUUCUGAUCUUUGGGUCCUCGGCAGCUGUUCUCCAGCCCCUGCUUCCGGACCUAUGGAUUCUCCAUCUAGCUUUUCUUCUUAUUGCUCCUACUCUCUUUCUUCCCCUUUUUCCACCUCCCCGGUGAACAGUGACUACGGUUUCCCCUCUGAGAGUGAAAGGGAGGACAAGGGGGAGGUUCCCAGGCCAGGUCCCGUCCGCUGCAGGCAUCGAUCCAAAGUGUCCAGGAGCCAACAUACAGCAUCUCACCUGGAAUGGCAAAGCUUGGCUUCUCCAGGGGCAGGAUCUGGGGUGAAAAGAUCAAGAGAUUGUGGUUUGGAGACCAAGCUAAACAUCCAGGGUUGCACCACAGAGGGAGACCUGCUCUUUGCUCAGAAGUGUAAAGAGCUCCAAGGCUUCAUACGGCCCCUCACAGGCCUACUGAACGGGCUGAAGAUGGGUCGCUUUGAGAGAGGCCUGAGCAGUUUCCAGCAGAGUGUGGCAAUGGACAGGAUCCAGCGUAUUGUGGGUGUUUUGCAGAAGCCUGAGAUGGGGGAGCGUUAUCUAGGAACUCUGCUGCAAGUGGAAGGGAUGUUGAAGAUUUGGUUUCCUCACGUAGCCGCCCAGAAGUUGUCACUGGGUGGUAGUAGGCGUCACGUGACCAAGCAUUUUAGAAACCACCACAGUGAUCCAGCUGCUUCCUCUCUUGCACCUCCAGUGGAAAAGAUGGACCAGACACAGCUGGGACAUAUAGUUCUGAACCCAAAGCAGCCUUGGCACCUCACAGAGUGGCCAGCCAUGAACCUCACUUGGAUCCACACUGCUCCAAUUUGCAACCCGCCUCUUGGCGCCCCGGGUACUGUCUCCUUUAGCCAGGGUCCAUUAGGCACCGGAACCAGCAUUGGGCUCAUCCUUCUCCUCCAGCACGGAGAGCAGCCUCUUACCUGCUCUGCUCCAAGCACUCCAGACCCACCUACUGCAGCAUCUUCUGGCAUCCUUGGUGAUCCCAAGAGACUGUCUGAAGAGGGGCCUCGCUGCCACAGUUCACCAGUAGCUCUGCCGUCAGACUGGAGCUGCAAGCUGUCCCCUCCUGAUCCCCCUGCCGUGGCCAGAGAGAGGCGCAUGGGAGACUGGCAGCAGCACAGGAGAAGCCAUCCUCCCGCUGCGCCUGCUGCCCUUCUGCUCAGCCCCUGACCCAGGCCAUGUGACUGCCACUGUUAUUUUCAAUUUGUGUAAAUAUGUGUCUGUACAUUUUUUACUUUUAAUGUGUGCAUUAAUAUUGGAAA